CUUAUUCCGCUUUUAUUUUGGCGGAUUUUACCCGGAAGUUGUUUUAACGAUAUAAGGAGUGAGAGAACGCCAUCAUUAUCGUGCUGGAGUUACUUUUACCAAGAAAAUAGUACAUUCAUCUGAUCUACAGCCUCAAAAGGUAUUUAACGAUGAUAAUCCCUGUGAGGUGCUUCACUUGUGGGAAGAUUGUGGGGAACAAAUGGGAAGCGUACCUCGGUCUGUUGCAAGCGGAAUACACAGAGGGUGAUGCUCUUGACGCUCUUGGCUUGAAGAGGUACUGCUGUCGAAGGAUGCUUCUUUCUCAUGUGGAUCUUAUUGAGAAAUUGCUGAAUUAUGCUCCGUUGGAAAAAUGAAUGUUGUGGACUUUGUAGCACCAUUAUCAGGGUGAAUGUGUGUACUAUGUAACCUUAAAUUACGACCACAGAGAAGAAUUUAUGGAAACAUUUUUCAAUUACUGGAUUUUUUAAAAUAAAAUGAAUAACCUUG